GUCACGUGACCAGACUGCUGGUCCUGCUCGCAGAAGGACACCGACACGAACUCCCAGGAAGGAGGAUUACCAUCAACACCGGGAGUCCCUGCCCCGUAGCGUCCCGGCGGAACACCGGCCAGGUUCCCGUCGAUUAUAAACAUGGCGGCCACGGCGGCAGCGGGCCUUCUGACGCGCGGGGCGUUCGGCGCGUUCGCCCACCGCGCUCCACGCAGCCUGACGACGCUGAAAACGCGGCAGUGCAGCUCCGAACUGGCAACCGAGCGGGACGAAAAAACCAAGAGAUCUCCCUUCAGACCAGCGGCCAGCACCACACACGACUGGAUCGGUCCACCGAACCCUCUCUCCAACAUUCGGCCCAUCGUUUACCACGUCCCCGAGAACGAGUCGGAGCUGGAGAGACGUCUGAGACACCUGAGGCAGGAGACCGAGGACUGGAACCACGACUUCUGGACCAAGCAGAACAUCAGCUUCAGCCAGGAAAAAGAAGAGUUCAUCUUUUCACAACUGAACAGAAAAGGCUUGACAAUGCGGGACGAGGAAGGACGCCGGCGGUCCCUGAACAGUGAGGAAAUGGCCGUGUUUUACAAGCGCUUCCUGGAUACAAACCGAAAACGACACGGAGAUUAUAACCGAUUCAACCUGAGCUCACUUCCUCUGAUGCUCCCUCCUCCUCGUGUCCAGGGAAUGGUACCGACGUAACUUCACCAUCACCUUGCUCAUGGCCCGAGUGGCCCUGAAGCAGAUGUGGACAACUGUUACUGAAAGAUACAACAGACCUAAUACCAGCUCAUAACUAAUAAAAUAUUCUUAGAAAAGUC